AUGCUAUUCACUACUCUCUUGGAACGAUUAUUGAAAGGAUUUUAUCGAAAUUCAAAUGCCUUUUUAUUUGAUUUUAAACAUGUUGUGGAGUGUGUGAAACGAGAAACAUCAUCAAAGAAUAGUACUGCAGUGAAACAAAUGAUGAAAACAGCACUUGUGAUUGAAGAGAUUGUCAAGAGUGAGAGUGUAGGAUCUGUUCCAUCACAACUGCAAUCACAACUGCAAUCACUGCAAUCACAACAUACAAGUGCUUCUACUACUACUACUGUUGCUUCUUCUAUGGAUGAUUCAGUGAACACCACCACCACUCGUCGUACGGGUAGUAGUAGUAGUAGUAGUGGUAUUGGUUCGACUGGUUCGACUGGUACUGGUUCGACUGGUACUGCAACUAUUCCUCCAAGUAGUGUAUUGAGUGGUGGUGGUAUUACUACUACUACUAUUCCUGUCAAACCAUCCACAAAAACAUCCACAACCACCACCACAACUGGUACGACUGCUUCUGCUCCUCCUCUUCUCGACUCGACUAAAUUGGAUGUUUCAAAAAAGAAGGCUAAAACAACAACUAGUCAUAAGGACAUGAAAGAAUUGGCACAACCAUCAUCCGUACAGACCAAUACCACCACCAGUACCACCACCAGUACUCAUACCACCACUCUUACCACCAACACUCCAAAGAAACAAGUCCAUAAAAUGGCAGAAAAGUCUCCAAAGAAGAAGAGCACUGAAUCCUCACUGAUCACCAUCAGUGGCACGAAUGAAGAAAAAUCAACAAUUGGUGGUGGUAGUAUUCAGAAAGAAAUGAAAUCAAAGCAACAAGGAGGAACACCAGUAGAAACAUCAAUCUCUCUUCAACAACCACAUGCAUUGAACAACAUUGCAAGACCAAUGUCAACCAAUAUGAAAGAUGAUGAAGAAACAGAUUCCUCUGAUGAAGAAAUGACUCUAAAAUUGAGUACGAGUAGUAAUAGUAGUAGUAAUACUAGCACUCGUCACACUACUAUGAGUGUUCCUUUACUCAACACUAGUGCUCUCAGUCAUAAUAAUAAUAGUAGUAGUACGAGUAGUAAUAGUAGUAGUAUUACUAAUACAACAACUGGUAAUGUUGACACUACAAAGACUAUUAAUGAUCAUAUUCAAUCUUAUUUAGGAACUAGUCAAAACUAUCUUCCAGAUAUUCCAAAAAUUGCAUCUAAAAAACAAGAAAUGAUUGGAAAUACGAGAAAACAAGAAAUGAUUGGAAAUACGAGUAUGAUGACCAAUAUUCCUACUAUGAGUGAUAUGACCACAGCUAGUACUACUACCAAUACUAUUCAACCACCACCACCACCACCACUACACUCUCUAAAAGAUUUACCAACCAUUCAAAAGAAGAAAUCGACUACUGAAGAAUCACAAAAAACGAAACACGAAGAGACGACUCUAGAAAAAAAGAAGAAAAAGAGUCAAAAAAAGAAACAUGAAGAGAGUCAAGAUAAAAAGAAGAAAAAGACAAUUAGUACUAGUACUACUACUACAACUAGUACUAACAAUGCAGAACCAUUCAAGAUUAAAAUCAAACUCGACAAUGAACCAACCCCGAGUGCUGCAUAUUCUUCUACCAGUGGAGUACUACAACCACCACUACCUACGACCAUGUUGGAUCCAACAACAACAACAACAACAACAGCACUAUCCUCUCUCACAGCACCUGCUACCACACAACUACCCGAUACAUCAUCAAUGAAAAUACCCAAAAAGAAGGAGUUCACAUGUACUACUGAUGUCGUAUCAACACCAGGUCAAUGGGAUAGCAAGAGUAAUAAUAUAACUCUUGAGAAUCAUGAAACUAUACCACCUCAAGUGGACAUUUCACAAACGAAACCAUUAGAUACCAUGAUGGAUGUAGGACAUGGAUUCACUGAAGAUGGAUUUUUAACCACUGAAACUGCUACCACUGAAUCUACUGCUCCUUCAACAAGAGUGAAAAGUACAAUGGAACCAACAACAAGUCACAGAAUUACCAUUCCACCAAUAACACUUAAAAAGAAGAAUCAUGUAAAGCAAUAUUUAGAAUCAUCAUGCUUUUCAGAAAAUAGAGAUGAUGAAUCAACAGCUAUUGUCACCGAUGACACUGAAAACGUGUAUCAUGAAAUUAUUGUAAAACUUACACCUAUUGAAAAUGGUUCAAAGAUUAAGGUUCAAUUGGAAUCAAAUCCUAAGUUUGAUCAAACUCAAGCAGAAAAGAGAAGAGAAUGGUGUAAAUUAUUGGAAAACAAUUUCAAAAAUAUUGGAACUACUACUUCCCAACAAAUUAUGUCUCAAAUUUAUGGAAGUUCUAAACGAAUGAACAAGACCUCAACAUCAUCAGCAGCCUACUCAUCACUUAUGGAUCUAAGUUUACCUAUUUUUACAACUCACAAAGAAUUUAUUAUUUAUAGAGACGAAAUACCAACGAUUGAUUUUAUUCCAAAAUCAUUAUUUGAACGUCAAAAGGAUAUUUAUUUAUAUCAACAACGACAUUCAUUAAGAAUUGAAAAUAUCAAAACUUCAAUUACACAUUUACAAAUUCAUGUGAUUCGAGAAGAGAGUCAAUUCAUGGAUACGGAUGAAUAUAAUGACAGAAUAUGUAACAAAAUUUCGAUUAAUAUCCAAUGUAGCAUGACUGAACCUGAUAGAAUUCAAUUUUAUUCUCUUUUUGAUAAGGUGUCAGAAGCAAGAGCUAUUUGUAAGAAUACCAAGUUGUUGUUUGCUCAUCCUCAGCCUCAUACAUUAUUUGAACUUUGUGACAAGUUUGGAUUUCUUGUUGAUGAUGUCUUUGAUUGGUUUGUUGAAGGCUUCUAUUUUAAGAGACGAGUAGGAAGAAAUCCAAAUCUCGUUUCACCCAAUGCAAAAUAUUUGAUAUUAGAUUUUGUGUAUUUGCAUGAUUGUACCGAAGUCGAGUUAAAUACUCAAUAA